CCGGAUACCCGGAAGAGUAGUGAGAUGUAACAUGUUCAGCUGUAAUUAACGGUGUUUAUGAGCAAGAAGACAAAAUAAAACUAUAUAUUCACCUGAAAAGUCACGUUUAACAUUGUGUGUAACGUCUUAAAAAUGAGCGAAAAGGAAAAGGACUCUGCAGCCCUAAAGGAAGAUGGAAACAGCCUUUUCAAAGCAGGAGACAUGCAGGGGGCUGUCAGCUGUUACACUAAAGCAUUAGUGUUGAGUGAAAACCAAGCAGACAGUGCUGUAUUGUACCGUAACCGCUCUGCUUGUUACCUGAAACUGGAGGAGUACAGCAAGGCAGAGGCUGAUGCCUCCAAAGCUCUUGAUACAGAUCCAGGUGAUGUCAAAGCUCGGUUUCGUAGAGCUCAGGCAUUUCAAAAACUUGGGCGUCUUGACCAGGCCUUUCUGGAUGCUCAGAGAUGUGCCCAGCUGGAGCCCAAAAACAAAGCCUUCCAGGAUCUACUACGACAGCUAGGAGCACAGAUCCAGCAAAAAUCAGUGCAACUAAACUCCACAGAUGCUCGUGUGCAACAAAUGUUCACCCUACUUGCAGAUGGAUCUGCAAAAGAUUCAGAUCGACAGAAGGCUGCUCAGAAUCUAGUGGUGUUAUCCCGAGAAGAUGCAGGAGCUGAGCAAAUCUUCCGUAAUGAUGGAGUGAAGCUGGUUCAGAAACUUCUUCAGUCAAAGCAGGAGGAAAUUGUUCUUUCUGCUCUUAGGACUCUGGUUGGUCUGUGCACAGGGCAUCAGUCCAGGACUAUGGCUAUUGUGAAUGAGUUGGGGAUGGAGCAUCUGUGUGUUGUAAUGGGAUCAGGAGCCUCCACUGUGUCUCUGGCUGCCUGCCACUUACUGCAGGUGAUGUUUGAGGCCCUGACAGAGGGCAUGAAGAAAGACAUCAGAGGGAAAGAUGAAGCCAUACUUCCUGAACCAUCUAAGGAGCUGCGAUCAAUGCUACGCCAACUCUUGGAAAUGAUGCCAGCGUCUAAUGUGUCAGGAGCUGGCAGAGACAGCGCCAUCAACCUCCUGGUCAAACAAGUACCUCGGAAGUCCUUGAAAAACCCUGACAACUCCCUCACAUUAUGGGUGAUAGAUCAGGGGCUGAAGAAGAUCCUGGAGGUUGCAGGGACAGUUGCAGAGCUCUCAGAAGGACCUCCUCUGACCGAUAACACCCACAUGAGCUGCUCUGUUCUACUUAACAAACUUUACAGUGACCUUAAGAGUGACUCGGAGAGGGAGAACUUCAACAAACUAUGUGAAGAAUAUGUUCAGCAGCACUUUAGUCGGCCGGGUCUUGAUGCCAAGCUUCGUGCCAUCCAGACAGUAUCAGUGCUUCUCCAAGGGCCAAGCGAUGUCGGUAACAGAACUCUGGAGAUGUCGGGAAUGAUGGAUGCAGUGAUCUCUCUGUGUGCCUCCGAAGAUGUAACUCACCAGCAGGUAGCAGUGGAGGCUCUUAUCCAUGCAGCAGGCAAAGCCAAAAGAGCCUCGUUUAUCACAGCCAAUGGUGUGGCCCUCCUAAAGGACCUCUACAAGAAGAGUGAGAAUGACCGGAUACGUGUACGGGCCCUAGUGGGAUUGUGCAAACUGGGUUCAGCAGGAGGGACAGAUUUCAGCAUGAAACAGUUUGCAGAAGGAUCAACACUAAAGCUCGCCAAACAGUGCAGGAAGUGGCUGUGUAACGAGUCUCUACCUCCGACAUCUCGCCGCUGGUCUGUGGAAGGACUCGCCUACCUCACCUUCGACGCUGAUGUGAAGGAAGACUUAGUAGAAGACAAGAACGCUCUCCAGGCCAUGUUUGAACUGGCAAAGUCUGAGGAUAAGACAGUACUCUUCGCCGUGGGCUCCACAUUAGUGAAUUGCACCAACAGUUAUGACGUGGAGAAGCCAGACCCUCAGAUGGUGGAGCUGGCCAAGUAUGCAAAGCAGCAUGUGCCUGAGGAACACCCCAAGGAUGCACUUUCCUAUGUGGAGAAGAGACUGGUGAAGCUGCUGGAGGCCGGCGUGGUGUCUGCAUUGGUGUGUAUGGUUAAACAGGAAAGUCCCGCUCUCACUGAAGCUUGCAGAGAGUGCAUUGCCAGGGUGUUCUUGGCUCUGGUGGAGCGUCAGGAGGAUAGAGGGACAGUGGUAGCACAGGGUGGAGGAAAGGCUCUGAUCCCACUUGCAUCUGACAACACAGACAUAGGCAAAAUCAAAGCAGCACAAGCCUUGGCAAAAAUAACUAUCACAUCAAACCCAGAAAUUGCGUUUCCAGGAGAAAGGAUCUAUGAGGUGGUGCGUCCCCUUGUCAGUUUGCUGAGUCUGGAAUGUACACUGCUGCAGAACUUCGAAGCACUCAUGGGGCUUACAAACUUAGCUGGCAUCAGUGAACGACUCAGGCAAAAAAUCAUAAAGGAGAAGGCAGUACCAAAAAUUGAGGGCUACAUGUUUGAGGACCAUGACCUUGUCAGAGCGUCUGCCACAGAGUGCAUGUGUAAUUUAGUUUUAAGCACAGAGGUACAGAAGCUCUUCUUGGCAACUGGGAAUGACCGCCUGAAGCUACUUGUGCUCUACAGUGGAGAAGAGGAUGAAAGACUGCGGAAAGCUGCAGCAGGAACACUGGCUAUGUUGACAGCUGAGCAGCCAGAACUGUGUGCUCGCAUCCCUGGAACAACAACCCACUGGCUAGAGAUAAUAAAGGAGCUGCUGCUCAGUGAAAUCACAGACCUCCGUCAUCGUGCUGUGGUCAUUGUUCACAACAUGAUGCAGGCAGAAAAGAGUCUGGCCGAAACAAUCAUGGAAAGUGAAGCUAUGGAGAUUCUUUCUGUCCUGGCAAUGGGAGGAGAAGGCACACCGGAACCAGUCUCUAAGGUGGCUCAGAACUGUCUGGAGAAGGCGGUGGAGUAUGGUAUCAUCAUGAGCCGGGAGGGGAAAAAAAAGAUAGAAGGAACUGAACCCUGAACACACCGCUGCAGUGAGCACAUGUGCCUCUGGGAGCAGUUAAAAGUGUUUCAGUAUUAUGUGGGACCAGUGAAGUCAUUUCAACUUUGCAGGAAAUCUGUCUUGGUUUAAAAGGGUACAGGCUGAUCCUAAAAUGUCCAUGUGUUUAAACCAAAGACUACAGAAAGCAAUACUGAUUCUAUGGACAAAAGAUGUUAAAAUUAGCACACUGUCACAGAUGCAUUCCAUUACGUCAUAUUGCUUUCCACUGAUUAUAUUUUUCAUACACUACACCUAUUCCUGCACUUAAUUUCUUGACAUUUCAUUUUUAUUUUUACAUCUAUUUCACCAAAACAUACACUGUCUUUAUUUUCCAUUUUAUACCCCACAUUAUACAUUCUUUGCCCUGUGAGACUUUGUUUUUAAAAGUUCACCAGACUGUUGUUUUAGAUUUCCAUUAUUAUCUUAAUACAUUCCCUGUGCUUUAUUUGUACGAAUGUUGAAAACGACAACAGCUAAAUAAAGUUUUGUGACUUGUUUUCACUUA